AUGGUUUCCCUUUCUCAAGGGGAGAAGGCUGGAUCUUGUCUUUACCCUUUUCAUAGUGAUAUUGACUUCUUGACAUACAAACUGCAAGAAGCAGCUGACAGCAACAAUGUCAGUGGGGAGAGAUUAUACCAGGAUGUCAUUGCGGGAACAACAUAUAUCUUUAGCAAAGGUGGUGGACAAAUCACUUACACGUGGCCUCCUAAUGAUCGGCCAAGCACUCGUGCAGACAGACUGGCAAUAGGGUUUAGUACUGUUCAAAAAGAAGCUGUGUUGGUGCGAGUGGACAGUUCUACUGGGCUCGGAGAUUACUUAGAGCUGCAUAUUCACCAGGGAAAAAUUGGAGUUAAAUUUAAUGUUGGAACUGAUGACAUCUCCAUUGAAGAGAUCAACGCAAUCAUUAAUGAUGGAAAAUACCACGUAGUACGUUUCACACGGAGUGGUGGUAACGCCACCUUGCAGGUGGACAACUGGCCCAUUAUUGAACGCUACCCAGCAGGAAACAAUGAUAACGAGCGCCUGGCGAUUGCUAGACAGCGAAUUCCAUAUCGACUUGGUCGAGUAGUUGAUGAAUGGCUACUCGACAAAGGGCGUCAGCUCACAAUCUUCAAUAGCCAAGCAACCAUAAAAAUUGGAGGCAAGGAACGUGGCCAUCCAUUCCAAGGCCAGCUCUCUGGCCUUUACUACAAUGGCUUGAAAGUUUUGAAUAUGGCAGCUGAAAAUGAUGCCAACAUCGUGAUAGAAGGAAAUGUGAGACUUGUUGGUGAAGUGCCUUCUUCUAUGACAACUGAGUCCACAGCCACAGCAAUGCAGUCUGAAAUGUCGACGUCAGUCAUAGAAACAACCACCACCUUGGCCACAAGCACUGCUAGAAGAGGAAAGACCCCAACAAAAGAACCUAUUGGACAGACCACAGAUGACAUCCUGGUGGCCUCGGCUGAAUGUCCCAGUGACGAUGAGGACAUUGAUCCCUGUGAGCCGAGCUCAGGUGGGUUAGCAAAUCCUACGAGGGCAGGAGGAGGAAGGGAGUACCCUGGCUCGUCUGAGGUGAUCCGUGAAUCCAGCAGCACAACAGGCAUGGUAGUUGGUAUCGUGGCUGCGGCAGCACUGUGCAUCCUCAUUCUCCUGUAUGCCAUGUACAAGUACAGGAACCGAGACGAAGGAUCCUAUCACGUCGAUGAGAGCCGAAACUACAUCAGUAACUCAGCACAAUCCAAUGGGGCUGUGAUCAAGGAGAAGCAGCCCAACAGUGCUAAAAGCUCCAAUAAAAACAAGAAAAAUAAGGAUAAGGAGUACUAUGUCUGAUCUCAACAUCUAAAAGAACGCUUGUAUAGAAGUAGUCUUCAUUUUAUCUGAGACAUAAUACAAACUUACUUACUUUACUUUCUAUGAAGCACAUACAAAACAAACAAAAAAGACAGGGAAUGCAAUCAGAAAGGAAAGACUGUUUUUAAAAACAAGCAUCUUAUGCUCAUGUUUUUCAGAAACAGGAGCUGAUAAAUUCCCUAACAUCCACAGUGUUUUCAUUUACUCUGCCUGUCUUUAUGUUGCUGGAACAUUUCUGAAAGACAAUGAUGACACCACGCAUUCAUAAAGCAAGGAGUAUUACUACAACAUCAAGGCACAAUAUGAAACAAAACAAAUAAAUAAAUAAAUAAAACAAAACAGGAAAAAUACGAAAAAAAAAGAAGCUACCUAUGAUUCUGGAUUUAGCCAAAGUGCUAGAAGUAAAUUAGUCUUAUUGUCAGAGAAGACUGUCAUUAUAUAUGGUGACUCAACAAGCAAACAUAACGAGUUUACCGUCUGGUGCAGUGAAGCAGUGAUUGGAAACUUGCAUUUGAAUCCAAGUGCUGGCUUUUCUGAAGACUGGCAUAGAAGUACUUUCAAAAAGCCCCUUUCUGGUUGUGAGGAAAAUAGUAUGGAGGCCUUAUUUUCAAAAACAAAAACAUGGAAUAUAAGGCACAUUUCCACAAAAAAAUCAAAAACCAACAAAAAACAAAGAAACAAAAACAAGAGGGCAUAGAUGCAAUCAUUGGGAAAUUUUCAUGCACGCUUAAUAUGUUAUUACAUAUGUUUAUAUAAAAACACAUCUAUAUGUGCUUUCUGGACUGUGAUAAGUGAUGUUUUAUAGCCUGUUGUAUAGAAAAUGCAAACUAUAUCUGCUCUUCAGCCAUUUUUGGUAAACUCAAUGUUAUAAGUGUUGCUAGGUAUAGAGAGUUUUAUGACAUCUGGAGCAACAGACAUACUUCAGUUUUUUGCAGCCAUUAUAAAUUGUCACCAAUUUUUUCUUUUUUCUUUCCCUUUUUUUUUUUUUUAAUUUACAGUGUAGUGGUUAUCCAAAGGGGGAUGUCUAUGAAUGUAUAUAAGAGUCAGCUAAUUUUUUUCUUACGUGUACAGCCUCUAUUCUGUUGCAAUUAAGUUUUAGUAGUUUGUAUGAAAGAAGUGGACUAGAAAGCAAAAAUAUGUAUCUACUGUAAUUUCUCUUCUCUCUCCUACCCCUAUCUCUUGCUCCUGAUAUGCAUCAACGAAGUUGAUCAGAAUGGCCAAUUUUCCUAGAAAUUUAUACUCAUUAAUUGGCUAAAUAUUUAGUGACUUGAAGUGGCCUUUGGCUUCCAGUCAAAGCUUCACUAAUGGAGAGCAUGGUUUGCCUUACAGAAACCUUGUUCUGAAGAAAUUAUGAAAACAAAUAAUUUCUUGAGAAUCCUAGGAAGGGUCAUACAGUGUUUAUGCGGGAUUCCGUUACAUGAAUGAGAGCUGCUACAGCAGUGAGUGGUAAGAUAUAUAUGAAAAAACCAGUAAUCAGUUACCGAGGCCCAUUUUACUGCAGAAUUUACCCUUUUCUCCAAAAAGCAAGUAAACUUGAGGUGCAUGGUAAUAUGGUUCAGGGGUGGGCAUUUUGACAUCUGAAAAAGUAUUUUUAACUAACCCGAUUGUGUGAUAUUGCAAGACAUCAUAACCAGACUAAUAUAAGUUGAUCAUAUUUUAAUGUAACACAUAGCUUUUUUCUUACAUAUAUAAAAUUUUAAUGUAUUUUAGUUACACAUACUACAUAUAAUGCUAUAAUUUA